CGCACAAGCGACAGCCUUGGAUCCUCGAAGCGCUUCCUCCAGAGGAUUCUUCCAGCGCAUCACCACUGCUGCCGUCGCGCCUACCGUCAACCCUGUCGCAAAACGCUUGCGCAUCCUGUCGCCGCGCCUUGCUGCGCAUUGCUCAGGGUAGCUCUUCACCCACGCGCCCCAAGGACGCUGCAAGACGUAGAAACUCGAUCGGCCUUUAUUGUCGAUCCUCCUUGACAGCCCGUCGCCAAUGUUCGAGGCGGCCACUCUCCACCACGCCCGCCUAGAUCUCGCCUGCCUCCUGAAUAAUGGGUCGCUCUUGCCUCCGCGAGUGCAGCCAGACCGUGUGUGAUCUCGAGCUUGAGCUCUGAGCCCUUCUGCCGGGUUUGCUCCCGAGGUCCUGUCUCGGCACUCGCCAUGGAUGUGCCCACCGCGCGCUCCAUGGCGCGCGCAAGUUGGGGUGACGUCCAGAAAACCCGGGCAAGCCUGCACGCACAGGUCACGGACGUGAGGAAGGAACGCGGCAACGCAACCUACAUGGCCAUGUUCGACGGCAUUGAGCAGAAGCUUUCGCAACUGCGCCUGGCCUGCAUGCAAGUCAUAUUCCAUGACUUUGAGUAUGCCGCUGAUAAGAAAGCCGAGCACACCCUCUGGCAAGCCCACACCUCGGUCAACAGUGAGUAUCGCCGAGUCGUGGGCCGUCUCUGUGGCCAGAGCCAGGUCGUCCAGAAGCGGAAGCUCGAGAGGAUGUACAAGGACUUUCUGAAAACUUCGCAGUCGUUCUAUUGUGGCUACAUUCAACGCCUUGCCAGCCGUUUCUUCAUCCCGGAACUUUGCCAGGCUGCGCAAAGGCUGAAUGUUCAGCCGACCGAUAUGCCGUCUCGUGAUGCCUCGGUCCCCGAUCCGGUGCGCAAGCUCGUCACGAGCUCCUGCCAAAGAAGUCUUGUUCAUCUCGGUGACCUCUCAAGGUAUCGCUGUCAAAUUUCGGACAAGUCCACAAAGACUAGCUUCGACACGGCCCUGGCAUACUAUGGGCUUGCGAACUCCGUAGACCCGGACAACGGGUCUGCACACCACCAGAUGGCGGUGCUCUACCAGCUUCAUGCCCAACACUUUGAGAUAGUCUAUCACUUCCACCGGGCCAUCGCUAUAGCAAAACCUCACGAGCUUGGGCUUGGCAAUCUGGAAAGGGAGUAUCGUGGCCUGCAGCACCCUACACCAGCUGCCCAGGCGGGGGCUCCUGCUGACGCGAUGGUAUCUUGGUUUGUACGUCUUCAUGGGUUCUACUUCCAUGGAGAGCCGUUUUCGCAACAGGCCGAGCUCGAAACCGAAGUGCUGCAUAGGUCUGAGCAGGCUUAUAAAGCACAGAACCCCAACCACGUUCUGCUCCGAAUGGCACUGAUCAACAUCGCUGCCUACGAGAUCGCAACCAGUAAAGUCAAAGAGUCGUGGACUUUGACCGCAUCCCGCACCUGCCAGUUUCUCCUUCGCUGGACAAUCCGCAGCAUUGCUCUACUUUUGCGGCUGGUCAAGGCUGAAUUUCUUGACAGCCGGGCCACAUUGCCAACUUCGGUCAUCUCAACUGGCAGCGAUGAGUCGCCGAUGUCCUCCAGCGCACUGUUCACGAGCCACCUUGCCCUCCUCCGCAUGUAUAUCGCAUGGAUUUACACUGUUCGUUCAGAUAUUGUGGAGUAUCGUGCGUUUUUAGAGCCUCACGCCAGUGAUGUAUAUCGCCUGCUCGCCGAUUCACUGACCCUUUUCAAUGAAUACGUCGACCAAUUCAGCGAUACACUCAAGUCAGCGUAUCUCCUGCCCGAGGAUGUCGAGGCCAUCGGCUUGCGGCCGCUCGAGGAUCGCAGGCUCCCGCUGUUUUUCCACGUCCUCGAAGAAAGUGACACCCGAACGUACAAAAAGUUCAAGGUCCGCAAACAGCGCAAGGAAGAAUUGGGGGCCAACCACAGUGUGCAAACGGAGACGGUGUGGCGAAUCCGGGACAUAGUCUACUGCGGCAUCCUUCUUGCUGGUAGCACGCACUUUCCGGUCUCGAUCACAGCCAUUCAGCGUCCCGACGGACGCACAACCGAGGGUUGGGUUUUUACAGAUGAAAAUCCAGCCGCCUCAUACAUUACUGAGAUCGAAAUGUCUCGUAUGCUUAGGCGACUGGAGUUGCCCAAUUCUAAAAUCAUACACGACCAACAGGGUACUCGGCCGGUUCAGACGCAGUCCGCGACCCGCGCUCUGACCCCUACGAAUGCUGUGUCGCCUGGAACACUGCUGUCGGACAAGCAGAUCGCCGCCCACCCUACGAACGACGCCACCCACAGCGAACGCAUCUCUGCCCAACCCAAUGCGAACAAAGCAACGAGCGCUGUUGGCGACUCUGAACUCAACCAGGACAGCGAAAUGCUCGACAUGGUCAACAAAUUGCUCGAUCCCGCUGACGACGGAUCGUCGAAGCACAGCAGCGCCUUUCAUGAAAGUAGCUAUGGUAUGAACACUUCUACGGCCAAUGACAUAUUUGGUCACAUUGGACAUAGCUCGGAUCAGCCGUCUCCUGUUGCAAAGCAAAUCCCGAAUCUACCGUGGGAAUACUUCUACAAUGCCAGCUGGAACGAGCCCAGCACACAGGCUCGAGGGCAGGCAAUCAUAGACAGGUCAUACGUUCCGCGCUCUUCCGUUGGGAGUCGUGACGAUAUGCGCGAAAGCCUCGGUGGAGUCACCGGCCAAGUCCCGGGCGUUGGUGUCCGCAAUGACCGUCGCUCCGCAUUUGACAAAGUGGCCACAGCAUGA